AAGGGCCCUCCCGGUCUCGGGACCCUGCGACCGACUGUUUGUUGACUGCUCCAUAACUCGCUGCUCACUCGCUCUUGUCACCAAAAAACACACUCUUCUUCGUAAACAUCUUAGCUGUGCGAUUUCUACGCCUUCAAUUGCAAGCGAACAGUGAACAGGAGCCAGUAUCAGCAAAGACAAUGUCGCCCAGCUCGCAGACAAACGGCGGUCCCCAUGAUGUCGUGACCGACGUCGGGAUAGUGCCGAACCCAAACCCGACGAUUGACGGCGAGUGGACGGUCGAGAAGGUUCUCGAGACGAUCCCCACAGGGAAACCCGCCGAGGGCACGAGCUCGCCGGUCGGCUACUUCCAUCUCCUCGAGCGCCUCAAGACCACGAAGCGGGAGGGCUGGCGGCGGCUUGGGAUUGACCGGGGCGAGUCGAUCUCCGACCACAUGUACCGAAUGUCCAUUAUGAGCAUGUUCGCGCCGCCGUCGCUGGCCGCCAGGAUAGACAUGGCCAAGUGCAUGAAGAUGUGCCUGAUCCACGACAUGGCCGAGUCGCUCGUCGGCGACAUCACACCGGUGGAUGGCGUCGCGAAGCCCGAAAAGAGCAGGCGCGAGGCCGCGACAAUGGACUACCUCACGCAGGGCCUCCUCGGCGGGGUCGACGGCGGCCGGGUCGGCGCCGAAAUCCGCGCCAUCUGGCAGGAAUACGAGGACUCGGAGACGCUCGAAAGCCUCUUCGUGCACGACAUCGACAAGAUGGAGCUCCUGCUGCAGAUGGUCGAGUACGAGAAGCGCGGCAAGGGAAAGCUGGAUCUGGGCGAGUUUGCCUACAUCAAGACCAAGAUCGUGCUGGACGAGGUGAAGGCUUGGGCCGAGGAGCUGAUGAACGAGAGGGAGCAGUUCUGGGCGGGGCAGGCGCAUAUCAAGGGCGACGCCGGUGUUGACGGCGGCAUCACGGCCGACAAGAAGGCGAUGCAGGAUGCGUACUACAGCAAGGAGUAGGCACGGCUCUUGUACAUUCGGGGUUCAUGGUUUGUACAAA